AUGUACGGUGGGUCGCAGAAGGCUGGGCGAAUCUACUUGAAGCGCCAGCUGUUCAGCAUGGAGAUGAAGGAAGGCGGCAAUGUGGUGCAUCACAUUACCAUGAAGUCCUCAACAUCCAGCGCGAAGAUAAGCAGCAUCGGCGCCAAGAUGGAGGACGAGGACUUGAGCAGCGCUGCAAUCGCGAGACGUCGUGAUGUGCUCACAAAUGAGCACAUCAAGAGACAAGGUGACGAGACGAUAUCGGUGGAGACUGGAGACGCGGAGAAGGCGUUCAGUGCUGAGCGUGAACCUCGCCAGUGUACGUACUGCGGCAAAUUGGGGCACACGGCGGAGCGGUACUGGACCAAGAACAAGGACGAAAAUAUAGGAGGAAAUCUACGCGCCGGCAACAAUGCUCGUGGACGCGGAGCCAACAACGUUCAGUGGCGAUUCCACAGCAACUACGACGACAACUACGAUCGAGUUGCGUUCGCGGUUUCGCUGGAGGCUGGAUUUUCAACGGGCAAGAAUAUGCCAAGGAUGUGGGCGGUCGACAGCGGUGCGACGCAUCACAUCUGCAACGACAAGGCCAAGUUCACAAGCCUGAAUGAGCGAGAAGAAGGCAAACUAUCGGUGGCUGAUGGCAGCAAAGGCUGCGAUCAAGGGUGUGGGAACCAUCAUGGAACGGGAGGUUCUGCCCAAGGAAUCAACAAGGGUGGCAAGUUCCAAGUCGUGUUCGAUGGGUCCAAGAUACAAGUAACGCGCAAGAAUUCCAAGCAAGUUGUGAUGACAGCGGAUCCCGUCGACGGAAUUUACUGGCUGCGGACUCCUCAACGAUCGACUAAUGCAGCCACACACAAUGGGGCCAUCGACUUGCGCACGCGCAUGAGUCAUGCAUCCCUCGAUGCUCUGCGCAAGAUGAUGGCCACCGGCAUGAUCAAGGAAGCCAAUGCACCUCUCUCAUCGACUGAGCCAAGUGUGUGUCGCGGUUGCCAGCACGGGAAGAUGUUCCAAAAACCAUUCCCAACCAACCGUGACAAGUGUCACUAUGGUGUGUUUGAAUUGCUACAAUUCGACAUCUGCGGGCCAAUAUAA